AUGCAAUGGGAGAAGUUAAAGCCGCCGGAGCCAGAUGAUCCUAUGUGUUGCUGUGAAUGUGAUCUCUAUCAGCUCGGCUGUUGCUGCAACUGUGAAGAUCUGGAUGAAUCCUUUAACAGGUGGCUGAAAGACAAACCAUCUACAAGUGGAUUUCAGUUUCCUGUUUUUGGUGCCAUGGUUGACAACCUGGAAAUCUCCAUGAUCCCGGCCCUGCUCAUGCUGCCGCUCUUGCUGAAGGUUGCAGCGUUGCACUGUCUGCUGGGUAUGAUCGUCCUGACGGCUCUGCCCGGCCUGGUGCUGUGGUACUACUACGCAACGCACCGAAAGAAAAGACGCACCCUCUUCUUUCUCACCCUUGCACUUUACUCUCUGGCUUACAUGUAUUACCUCUUCAUCACAGAGAUUUUACCACGUGGGGACAUCAGUCAACUACAGGUGUGCACCGUGACCGCUGGGAUGAUUUUCACUAUAGUCUCUCUUAUUCAUACCAAGAGAGGCCCAGGAUUUGUGACCGCUUCUCUUCAUGAAGCUCACAGUCACAGUCAGGAGGCUAAAAAGGAGUCCACACAAGUUAAUAAUGGAUCUAUCCAAUUAGGAGCCUCUCCCUCAGGGACACCAGCAGCGCUGCAGACACCAAAGGAGGCCCUAGGAGCAAAAUGGAGCAGGUGUCCUGUGUGCAAAAUAAUGCGACCUCCGCGGGCCGGACAUUGUCGAACCUGUGGCUCAUGUGUACAGCGUCUGGACCACCAUUGUAUCUGGAUAAACAGCUGUGUAGGACAGGCAAACCAUCGCAGUUUCCUGCUGACCCUCUCUGUGUUUGUGUUGACCUCUUUGUACGGGAUUAGUUUGGUGCUUUGCAGCCUCUGUCCUCGACAGUAUCUAAUGACUGCUCUCUUCUACUGCCCCGGCGUCUACAGUCAGUCUAGCACAGCACUUUGCUUCACCUGUGCUUGGUACAGCAGCAUUGUCGCAGGUGGACUGCUUUACCUGUUGGUGGCACAAGUUCUCAACAUCAGCUUCAAUGUUACGGAGCGAGAGGCUCAGCUGGCUCUGAGGAACAAAACGGGCCAGAGCCGCCUGUGGGGACUCGUCGUUGACACGGGAGAGUAUUCUCGUGGCUUCUAUCAGAACUGGGUUGAGUUCCUCACCAUGACAGAUGCUUCAAUGGCAGGUAAGUGGUACCUGAUUGGAAUUGCCACUAAUGCCCAGUGGUUUGUCAGUCAUAGAGCCAGCAUGAAGAUGGGCACAGCCAUGAUUACCCCAACUGCUAAUGGGGAUCUGGAGAUGUCAUACUCCAGUCUCAGCCCUAAUGGCUCAUGCUGGAGAAUGAACAACCUGGCCAAAAAAACUGAGGUGCCCGGAAAGUUCACAUACACAAGUCAGCGCUGGGGCUAUUUGAGUGACUUGCGUAUGGUUGAUGUGAAGUAUGACGAGUAUGCUCUGAUUCAUUCCAUCAAAACAAAGGGGAAAGAAACUUUUGUUAUUAACAAACUAUAUGGACGUGAUGUGGAGCUCAGCACUGAGGUCCAGGAGAAUUUCAGGCAGUUCUCCUUGCAGACUGGCAUCCUGCCUGAAAAUAUUGUCAUCCUUCCCAAAAAUGAUGAGUGCCCAGCUGCCUGA